AUGAACGAAAAUUGUCUUUUCAAUGCGUUGCUGGCGACGAAUUGGGCGCUUUUCCUGUGGAAUACCUACAUUUCCCGGCGACAGUACGCGUGAGAUUUGAAAUUCUAUCAUAAACUGUAAAAAUAACGGUUCUGGCAUGGGGUUUAUAUAAAAAAUUAGAGUUUUCGUAAUGGAUCCAGAAUCUUGAGCUGAAAAGAAUGAAAGAAAAAUAAAAUUCAAGUAAGAAUUGCCUGAAAAACGAUGAAAAAAUGCCCAUUUGAAAAUGUUUCCUCGCGGCUCUUACUUUCAGAGUUUCUUAAAAAUAAUUUUGUGAUUUUUCAAGCAAUUUCAGUGAGGAUUUUUGAACUUGAACGAUUUUUUUGAAUGGAAAGAAUUUUCAGAGUCCAUCUGAAGAACGAGAAACGGCCCGAUGAAGUUAAAGAUCUCAUCGGUGAAGAGGUUCUUUUUCUGAAAUUUCUUUGGGCGGGAAAAUUCUAGAAAAACCUGAAAAGAAACUUUUGGAAGAAGGCCUCACAAUUUUUUUUUACCUUGACCUUUUUAGAAAAAAUGAUGAUUCAGAGAAGCUAUUUAAUUUUUUAGCAGCUCAAAAAGGAGCUCUAGAUGCUUCUUUUUUUUUGAGGCAUUUUGGACUUUUCAUUUGAUGGGUAUUCAGAUAAAUUGGUAAUUUUGAAAUCCUAAAAUAAUCUUCCGUAGGACUACACCAAGGCACGCGACUACAAACUCGACCAUCACUCUUUCGACUUCGCCCAUGACAUUUUCAUGCAGAUCCUCAGCACGGUUCGUUUUGAAGAUAUUUAUAGGAUCACUGAUUUGAAAAAUGAAAAAUAUGAAAAAAACGGAAAGUUUAUAGGUAAAACGGGGAAAGUUCGUUUGAAUAGGAGGGUUCCAAAAAAAUGUCCGGAAAAAAAGCUUUUUGAGCAUAUUUUUUUCAUAACCUCAUAGUUGCUUUCCAGCAUCUUUUAUUAAAAAAAUCGGAAAAAAAGAUGCAAAAUUUAAAGGAAAAAAAUCUUUGGAGGGCUCUUAAAAGAUCUUUUUCUGAAAAAAAGAGCUUUCUGGAAUUAUUUCAAAGGCAUAUCGGAGGCAUUCACGCUUCAAACUAAAAACUAAAAUUUCAACUCCAGUAGCAAAAAAACUUAAUAUUAGAAAAAGUAGCCUAAAUAACAUUUCCAGGUUCUGUAUCUAUUAUAUUUCUUCAAAUUAAGGGUUUUGCUAUAAUUUUCUUUUAUUGGAGCUUAAAAAUCAAUAUUUCAAAUAAGACCAAUUUAAGAGAUUAAAUUCGAAACUUUACAGCCAAUAAUAUAUAAAAAUUUUCUGGUAAGCAGCAAGAUUUAGAAAAAAAAACCCCUCAUUGAGUGAAACAGGAAACUUAUCUAUCUGGAUUUGAAGGUCCAACUUGUCGGCGGUUAUUAUCCGUGGCUUUGGUACGGAACCGCAUCUUUCCCCUUUCAUUCCGUCGCUUUUAUCAUCAUCAAUUCGCUGAUCGACACUGUCAUCGACCUUCCUUGGGAUAUGUUAGUUUAGAAAAUCAAUGAUAAAAUAAAAUUUUUCGAGAAAAUGAAGUCUCGGAUGUCCCUAUGUGACCACGGACGUAUUUGGCAUUUCAUUCGAUUUUUUCGCUUAGAAAAAAAUUAACGACUUUUUCAAUGAGUUCUAUUCGAUCAAAAAACACGUAAGCAGUUAAAAUUUAUCACGAAAAUUCAGAAUUACUCAAUUUUGAAAGGUUGAUGAUUUUAUUUCUUAUUUUGUUCGAAUUGCAAACUUUUUCUAUGCUCUUACCUCCAGAAAAACAGCGUUUUUCAUAUUUUAAAUGCGACAUAAUUGAAAAAAAUAACCGCUCUUGUUGGAUAAUAUUAGUUGAAAUUGUCUAAGGUGGGUAAAAUUUUAUUUAUUUAUUUAUUUAUUUGAGCCAUUGUAAUUUUUUUAAGCGCAGAAAGAAUAAAUUAACGAACGAGAAAAAAAUAAAAAAAUAAUAUUUUUUUCAAUUUCGGACAAAAAAAGCUCCCGGCUCUAAAAAAACCGAGAAAUUUUUUUGAAUGGGUAAUUUUUAAAAAUUUUUUUAGGCCAUUUUAAAAUUUUUUUAACUUGAAAUUAUGACUAUGUAGAGAAAAAGAGAUCUUUUUCAGACAGAAAAGUCCUUUGAAACCGAAAAAAAAUUUUUUUUUUAAUUCAUUAGUUUUCUAUAAGACGUUUGGGCUAUUUUCGAUUUUUUUUUAACCUAAAAAAAUAACUCACUCUCAGUAAACGACAAAGAGAAAUAAAAGGAUUGCUUUUUCGAGAAUUCAGAGAAUAAAAUGUCCUUUAGAAACCGCAAAAACUAUUUUUCAGGUACGGAACGUUCGUCAUUGAGGAACGACACGGGUUCAAUAAGCAAACCGUCGGAUUUUACUUCUGGGACAAGGUUGGUUCUAAGGCAAAGUCGGAAUUAGGGAUAAUGGCCGCUGGAAGGCAACCGAAAGGCCGCAGAAAGGCCGCAGAAAGGCAGCAAAAAGGCCGCAGAAAGGCAGCAAAAAGAGACCCUUUACCAAUCCUUUCAUUUUUUCUGGGACUUUAAAGGCUCAAGAAAUGGUGGAAAAAGGGAGAGGCAGCAAAAAUGGGCGCAUAAGGGCUGAGAAAAUGGCACAAAAUGGCAGCAAAAAAAGGAAAAUUUCUAUGGAGCCCUUUCCACCUUUUCCGACUUUGUCUAUGUCCUAUUGAAAUACAACGGAUCAAAAAUUAUAUUUCAGUUCAAAAAAAUGCUGAUUGGAUUUGUACUGACUACACCUGUCGUUUUCGCUCUGGAGUGGAUUGUGGAGAACGGAGGUGAUUUUUUUCAAAGGGAAAAACAUGGAAUUGUGUCAAAAUGCAACGAAAUUGCUUUGAAAUGAACAUUUCGAGGCAAAAAAAUUUCCUAAAAAAAUGUUUUUUUCAAAAAAAAUUUUUUUCAAGAAUUUUCAGCUAAUUUUUUUGAAAAUUCAUAAGGUUUUACUGGAAAGUGGAAAAAAAUUUAGAACGAGCCAAAUAAUUCCGGGAAAAAACGGAAAAGCUCCUUACAAGGUUUUUCCAAAAAAGAGCUUUUUAAGGGAUUUUUCAGAAAAAAAAACAUAGGAAUUGUGUCAAAAAAACUACGAAAAUGCUUUGAAAUAAACAUUUCGAGACAAAAAAAUUUUUUUCCCAAAAAAAUUCCUUCCAAAAAAAAUUUUUUUAAGUUGAAACUUUUUUUCCAAGAUUUCUUCAGCGAAAAAUUGGGCCAUUUAUGAGAUUCUACUAAAAAGUAGAAAAGAUCUAGAAAAGGUCUCAAUAUAUUCAGGAAAUGUAGGUUUUUUUCCUUGAAGGUUUUCUCAAAAAAGAGAUUUUUUAGGGACCCUAAAAGGUAAUUUUUAUGCAAAUUAUGCAUUUUUUUUCACAUCCUUUAUUGAAAAAAAUGACUGGAAAGUAAUUGGAACAAUGCUUCAGGAUUCAAAAAGAAAAUUCUAUAGCUAUGAAAAAAAUUUUUUCCAUUAUUUUUGGAGUCUUUAUGAAUCCUUUUUCAGCUCCUUUUUAAGGGCCCUCGAAGGAUUUUUUUCGGUUUUUUUGAACAGUUUUUUUGCGUUUUGAAACGUUUUUUUUUAUGAAAAAUUUAUUCCCUUUUACUCGACACUUUGUCUUUUCCAGGACCUUAUUUCUUUGUCUACAUGUGGAUUUUCGUUUCAUUGGUUGUCCUGCUCCUUCUGACCAUUUAUCCGGCGUAUAUUGCACCACUUUUCGACCGAUAUUUCCCACUUCCCGAUGGAACUUUGAAGGUUGCUUUUUUCUUUUGAGAGUUUAUGAAUUGUAAGAUAUGGUUUAGUACAAGUUUUUCUGAAGGAAAAAUCAUCAAGUUUAGCUCUUUUUUUCAAAAAAAAUGAGCGAAAAAAAGGUAUUUUUAGAAACAGUUUUUGAAAAAAAAUAUUUACGGUUCAGUACUUGUUUUUCUGUAGGGAAAAUCUUGUUUCAGCUCUUUUUUUGAAUUGGGAAAAAGAAAAAAAGAAAAAUUGUUUUUUUGGGAUUUUUCGGCGCAUUUUCAUGAAGAAUUAGCGAGAGUAACGAAAUUAUUAAUUUAUUUUUAUUUUUUUCUAGGUUUUCAUUUUUUCCACCAAAAACCGUAUACCUUGAGUGAAGAAUUUCUCUAUGGGACCCUCUUUUUUUAGCUUCUUUUUUUGGAGGGUCUCGAAGCGAAAGCGCAAAAAGCUGAGGUUACGGUAGCUCCUUUUGUGCUGUGCAUGAAAACUUGACAGCCUCAGGCAGUAUGAAAUAUAAAUAUUAUUGAUUUUUUUCAGAAAAGAAUUGAAGAAUUGGCCGCCUCACUGGAAUAUCCGCUCACCAAGCUUUAUGUCGUCAACGGUUUUUUUUAAAUUUUCGAUAGUUUGUAAUGAAAAUGAAUAUUUUUCCAGGUUCAAAGAGAUCGGCUCACUCCAACGCCUACAUGUACGGAUUCUGGAAAAAUAAACGAAUCGUAUUGUACGAUACGCUUUUGAGUGGAGCUGAGAAGGAAAAAGUGGAUUUUUCUCCUGUUUUUGUGCCCUUUCGUGUAUUUUUUUCCAUAUUUUUUCAUAUAUGGGAAAAGCGGAAGUGGUUUCUUAAGGGAUUAUAAGACUCAGUGGGUCCAAAAGGGAGCGUAUUAGGAACUUUUCAGGGGUUUUUUUACUCCCUAUAGGGCCCACUUCAGCUUUUCACAGAUUUUAAGAAAUAUAAAAAUUAAAUUGGAACGAAAAGAGUGAUCAGAAUGUUCGAAAGUUGAAAAAAUGAUUUUGAUUUUUGAUUUUUGCACAAAACUAUGAAUUUUUUGAGGAUUUUUCGGGAAGAAAAAGUUUUUUUACGAAAUUUCUACUUAUUUUCUAUCUUCCGAUAUAAAGGAUACUGAAAAGAUGCGUUUUCAGAGAGCAAAAAAAAAGACGUUCCCCAUCAUCUUUGAACCUUUUUGUGGGAACUUUUAAACUUUUUUGAAGCACUUUGAAGGAUUUUUCGUUUUGCUUAAGAUUCAUGGCAUGAAAAUUUUUAAAAAAUGCAAAGACAAGAAGGAAAAAUUUAGUUAUUUCUUUGUCUUUUUUUUUUUUUUUGAUUCCUGGAGCUAUUUUUCGCGGCUUCUUCUUUUUUUUUUGUAAAAAUUGAUCUAAACAGUCCUUCUUAGCUCGAGGAAGGUCUCGAAGCGAAGAGCUUGUUUUUAAAGUUAUUCCGAUUUUUUAGAUCUUAUCAUACUCCUUCAAUCGACCCAGUGAGAUAUUUCGAACAAAAAAAAAUUCCUUCACCUGUUACUUUUAUGAACACUUGGAUCGUUAGAAAUCUCAGGAAAAGAAAAAUUUGGAGACCUCUUCACGAAAAAGCGUUUUUGAACCGUUUUCUGACCCUUUUAUUCAUUUUUCUUAUUUUUAGGUGUUGGAAUUGUACGCUGAAGCCGGCGAGAAGGUCGUCCAAGAUGAGAAGGAUAAGGUUUGAAUUUUUGAACUUUUUCUACUUGAAAUAAUAUUUUUUGUCUUUUUUUGAUUUUAAAGUGUCUACUAAAGUGUUGUAGAAUUUGAAGGAAAUUAUUUUUUUUAGAGCUGAGACUUUAAAAAUCUUCUAGAGAGCAAUUUUUUUCGAUGGGCUUUUUUUCGCGGUUUCUAGACCGUAAAAACUCUACAAAAUGGCUAAUUUCACAGUUUUUAUGAAUUUUUUGGAAUCAGGAGGCCUAAAGUUGCUAUCAAAUUAUUAACCGGGCAUCUUUCUUUUGAAUUUCUCAUAUAAUAGAAAUAGCUUUUAUAUUUUCAUUCAUUUUCGUUAAGAAACGCGGAAUGAACAACGACGAGGUCGUUGCGGUGCUUGGGCACGAGUUGGGCCAUUGGGCUCUCUGGCACACUCUCAUCAACUUGGUCAUUAGUUAGUAGUUUUCUUCAUUUUCUAGAAAAAUAAGUGGUUCAGCAGUUCAAAGAGAUUCCGUGAAAGAAAGAUAGAAAGAAAUAGAUAACUAAUUUUUGGAAAGUCAGAGAUAAUUUCGAAUUUCGCGGAAAUUACGUUGAACAUGGCAUGAUUUCUGAAAGAGGGAAAAAAUAAAUUAUUGAAAAAUCUUUAUUAUUUUUCUCUAACUGAGUCUUCUCUUCAAGGACUUGUUAAUUUCGAAAUAAUGAUAUUUUCAUGAUUCUAAAGAGUUUAUAAUUUUUUUAAAAGUCUUUGAAAAAAAUGAUCAAAGGAAGAUUUUUUUCAAGAUUGGUCUUUUGAGGUUUAUAUGAGUUUUUGUAACGCUUUUGCACUUUUUUUCGAGGUCUCAAAAACCCUAGUAAAGAUUUUUAACCAAAAAAAAUCACUCCAGUGUUUUUUUGGAAAUAAUCUUUGUUCAUUGAAAAAAAUGUGUAGUUUCCAAAAAUGGAAAAACCGAAAUCCACUUUUUUUGCCCAUUUUUUUGUAUAGUUUUUCUCGAGUUUUCGAUUAUCUUUACAUUUAAUUUUGACAAAAAUUAUUCUGUAUUUCAAGAGUUUUUCAACUUUUUGGGUUCAUAUUCAAUUUUUCACAUAUUUUUUGCAAACGUAAUUUUUUUACUACAGCGGAAGUCAAUCUCCUGUUCACUUUCGCCGUUUUCGCCUACUUUUUACAAGUGGCAGUUGCUCUACAAGGUAUUUUUUUCAUAAUUAUAUUUUUUUAGUUGGAAUUUUUCUCAUUAAAAAAAUAGAAAUAUUUGAGGCUUUCGGAUUCUACGACAUGCCGACGAUCAUCGGAAUGAUCUUGGUCUUCCAAUUCGUUUUGGCCCUUUAUAAUCAGGUUUGUGAGGGAUUUGAAGUCAAAAAUAGAUUCGGUGGUAGUUGACAUGAAGAUGAAUCCAUGUCAUAAACUCAAAAAAAUAGCUUUUCAGAUCACUUUUUUGAUUUUUACUAGCAAAAUUGUGUUCAUUGAAACAUAUUCUGUUAAAAAUGAGUAUUUUUAAAAUUAUAAUGUGAUAGUAAUCCUUUUUCUUCAAGUAAUGUUUUUCAAAUAAGCGAAUUAAUUUCAGAUCGCACAAAUGGGCGUUAUUGUCCAUUCCCGUAGUGCAGAAUUUGCCGCCGACGCAUUCGCCCAGAACCUCGGCCAUGGAAAGAAUUUGAUCGGCGCGCUGACCAAACUUGGAGUGGUCAGAUUUUUUUUUUGAAUUCUGAAUGAAAUCUAGUUUUAUUGCGCCAUUUUAUCAGCUCUUAAGUAUCAUUUUUGCCUGUUCCUUUUUCAAGUCCUUAUAUUUCUAGUCACAGGCGAAUCGAGAGGAUACCAUAAUGUGUCCACAAGGAUCGUGAAGACCCCCUAUCAUGUGCAUCGUGAGACUUCUCCCCUUUUUGAUACCAUUUUCCGACUUUUGGAUUUUCCAAUUUUUUUUUUUUUUGAAGUUUUCUAGGGUCCAGAACAGUGUUCAGUUGAAGAUAUAUAGUCUGUUCAUAUUAAGAAUGAGGCUUUGGGCUCACAUGUUUGAGAAAAAGCUUGUUUCAGACAUGGCAAGCUUCGAAAAAAUUUUGAACUGUUCAAAAAAUGGUCACCGAAAAAUUAUUUUCUCUACUCUAUGUGAAAAAAUUAGCCUAACCUGACUUUUGACGUAAAAAAGUCUGAUAUUCGACUUGAAGAAAAUUUGAGCUUUUUGGGCCAGGCUGGCCAUCUUUUUUGAGGCCUUGCUAAGGGCCUUCCGGGCUUUGAAAACGGUCGAGGGCCGAGAGGCUGACAGACGGGUCUCGCACAAGCUUGCUUGUAAUAUUGGAAACCCUGUUCUACAGUAUUUUGGUCAACGCAUUUUAUUUUAUAUUGAGGAACAGCAAUAGUUAGACAAAAAUACAGAAAACCUUUGAGCGUCCAACUCACAGGAUUAUGAAAGACUUAUCAAAUAAUAUUAUCUUUGUAUCUGCUUGACGUUUGAAGUUGACAUCAGGCUAUAUCCACCCGCUGUUUUGCCUUUCAGUAGUAAAAUGAGGCUUUCAGGACAACUUGUCGAUGCCGAUCAACGACUGGCUCUUCUCCUGGUGCACUCACACCCAUCCGCCGGUCGUCGAACGUGUCGCCGCGAUCCGACGCCUCGAAGCCAAAUCACAAUAA